GAAUAAGCUGUUGCUAUAGUUACUGUUGUUAGCUGGAGCAGAUUUGUUGUUGGCUAAUUUGGAGCUAGCUAGUGUUUUGAUGCUGUGGGCGACAGUUGUGUUAAAAUCGGCUGUCUUGUCAAAUAUACAGAGAAACGGUUUAUUUCUGCUGUGACAGGGAUCGGUUCUGGAGGAUGUCUGGAGAUCUUGUAGCUGUGUGGGAAGUGGCUUUGUGUGAUGGUGUGCACAGGAUUGAAUUUGAACAUGGCACAACCACAGGAAAACGGGUUAUUUACAUUGAUGGAAAGGAAGUCAUACGUAGAGAUUGGAUGUUCAAACUGGUUGGAAAGGAGGCUUUUCAUGUGGGUGGCACAGACACGAAGGCCACUAUUAACAUAGACGCAGUGAGUGGCUUUGCAUACGAGUACACUCUAGAGAUCAACGGACAGAGCCUGAAGAAGUACAUGGAGAAUCGCUCCAAAGUUACCAGCACAUGGCUCCUUAACCUGGAUGGCAUCGACUGCAGGGUGGUUCUGGAAAAAGAUACCAUGGAUAUAUGGUGCAAUGGACAGAAAAUGGAAACAGCUGGUGAGUUUGUUGAGGACGGCACAGAGACGCACUUCUCUCUGGGUGACCACGACUGCUGCAUCAAGGCUGUGAGCAGCGGAAAGAGACGAGAUGGCAUCAUUCACACAAUGCUGGUGGACGGCAUGGAAAUCUCAGAGUCAGAAUGAUCUGUGUGGAUGAAUGAGUGUGUGAGUGUGUUUGGAUUAUCCAUCCUCAUGAG